CUUGUUUUCAAAGAAUAGCUUAUCUGUGUGCCCCAGAAGGGUGGGACUCACAGAGAUCACAGGCUUUUUACAAUAAGCCAAAGCCAGCCUGAAGACUAAGAGAAAAUUUGCUGAGGGUUUCAGCCCUGAGUGCCACAUGGGCUUUGCACUGGAGGGACUCGGCUGGGUCUGGGGCGACUUCCACUGCCAAGAGACAAGAGCCUUCGCAAUGGAUGAUGGAGCAGAGUCUCUGAUGACCGUGCAUCUCCUCACCCAUUUGGGACACUCAUUUCCCCUGCGGCAAACUCUGGAUCGCCUUUUGGAGUGGCUCUGCCUGGAUGUUCGCCUUUUCCUGGUGUCCGAGAGAAUUCCCCCCCUGAAAUACUACGAGAGAUACCGCAAGAGGAGCUGCAGCUUCCCUGGAAUAUCCAUCCUCCUUUUUCUGCACGAGGACUUGGGAGAAGAACGGAUUUUCCAGGUCCACGAGCAGUUCCAGCGCCCUCCCUGGCGGUACCAGCGGGCCCAGUUUGCUGAUGGGCAAAGCCCCCCCUAUGCCCCAUCCCACCAGGACUUCUAUGGCCUGGAUGAGCAGCUGCCCGUGUGGGGCGUCAGGCGGGCGCACCGCGGCCCCGAAAUCCUGCGCGUCACCCUCUACUGCAGCUUUGACAACUACGAGGAUGCAGUCAGGCUCUACGAGAUGAUCCUCCAGAAAGAGGCCACUCUGCAGAAGAGCACUUUGUGUGUCUUCGUGCUGCACGCCACCCCGCACGUGGCCGUGCAGCUGUGCCUGAAGCAGCUGCCCAUCGGGGUGGCCGCCGAGCCCAGAGACUCGUCAGCCUUGCAGUUCAGGGUGCAAGAAAUCGGGCAGCUGGUGCCCCUCCUUCCCAACCCCUGUGUUCCUAUCAGCAGCACCAGGUGGCAAACACAGGACUAUGAAGGAAACACGAUUCUGCUCAAGGUUCAAAGCAGCUGCAGGACCCUUGAAAGAAACAUCGGGCUUUCCCAGCAGCACAAUAUAACAGGCAGUGGCAAAAUCCCGCAGGACCGUAUGCCAGCCCCUCUGCCUGGCAAAGAGGGUAAUCCUGGGCGGAGAAGCCAGGAGGUGAGAGCUCUGAAGAGUAAAGCAAAACCUGAGCCCAGUGAAGUCGCUGUCUCUGAGCAGGCCGGCGGUGACGCCCGGCGGNUCCGAUCUCCUCUCCCGGCGGUGUGUCUGUGUGUCCGUGUGUCCGUGUGUCCCUCUCCCGGCGGUGUGUCUGUGUGUCCGUGUGUCCGUGUGUCCCAUGUCCCUCUCCCGGCGGUGUGUCCGUGUGUCCGUGUGUCCCUCUCCCGGCGGUGUGUCCGUGUGUCCCUCUCCCGGCGGUGUGUCCGUGUGUCCGUGUGUCCGUGUGUCCCUCUCCCGGCGGUGUGUCCGUGUGUCCCUCUCCCGGCGGUGGGCGAUGCUGCUGCUCUGGCUCGGCUGUCCCGACAGGAAGGUGCAGAAGAUGCACCUGAUCAACCUGUAUUAAAAAUUUAA